GUCGAGAUCACGUGGAGAACCGGCAUUAACUAUCUCGGGGUAGAAGUUUCGGCAGGUCCUUUCCAAAGCCUGACCAAAGAUGAGGGCGGUUGCGAUUUUUGUGGCACUCUUCGGUGCAGUUUUCUGUGAUCCCACUGUAUACUUUGAGGAGAAAUUUGAUGGUGGCUGGAGGGAUCGUUGGGUUGAUUCAACCGCAAAGGCUGCAGAGCAGGGAAAAUUUGAACUGUCUGCUGGAAAAUUUUAUGGUGAUGCAGAAAAAGAUAAAGGUUUAAAAACAACCCAGGAUGCCAGAUUUUAUGGUGUCUCAGGCAAGUUUGAUAAAUUCAGCAACGAAGGUAAAACUCUAGUCGUCCAGUUCACAGUGAAACAUGAACAGAACAUUGACUGCGGCGGUGGUUAUGCCAAGGUUUUUGCCAGUGACCUCGACCAAGCAGGCAUGCACGGAGACAGCCCAUAUCUCAUUAUGUUCGGACCUGACAUCUGUGGUCCUGGAACAAAGAAGGUUCACGUGAUUUUCAACUACAAGGGAAAGAACCUUUUGACCAAGAAAGAUAUCCGAUGCAAGGAUGAUGUUUUCACUCACUUGUAUACCCUCAUUGUGAAAUCUGACAACACAUACGAGGUGAAGAUUGAUAACGAGAAGGUGGAGAGCGGAGAGCUUGAGGCGGAUUGGGAUUUCCUUCCAGCCAAGAAAGUCAAGGACCCCGAGGCCAAGAAACCCGAUGACUGGGAUGAGCGUGAGAAGAUCGAUGACCCUGAUGACACCAAGCCUGAGGAUUGGGACAAGCCAGAACAUAUCCCCGACCCAGAUGCCAAGAAGCCUGAUGACUGGGACGAUGAGAUGGAUGGAGAAUGGGAGCCCCCAAUGGUUGAUAACCCAGAUUACAAGGGAGAGUGGAAACCCAAGCAGAUCGACAACCCAGACUACAAGGGCAAAUGGGUCCAUCCUGAGAUCGACAACCCUGACUACUCCCCCGAUGACAAUCUCUACAGAUACACCGAUAUUGGUGCUAUUGGUUUUGAUUUGUGGCAGGUUAAAUCUGGAACUAUCUUUGAUAAUGUCCUCAUAACUGAUGAUGAAAAAUUCGCAGAGGAAUUCGGAAAAGAUACAUGGGGCAAAACAAAGGACCCUGAAAAGAAGAUGAAGGAUGCUCAGGAUGAGGAGGAGAGGAAACAGAGGGAGGAGGAAGAGAAGAAGAGGAAAGAAGAGGAAGAUGCCAAGAAGGAAGAUGGGGAUGAGGCAGAGGAGGAGGAGGAAGAGGAUGACUCAGAUAAAAAAGAAGAACCUGAUCAUGACGAGUUGUAGAGAUCUUCCAGAGAUUAGCCAAUCAUCUUCAUCCGUCAUUCGUCACCGUUCAUUUCAUGCCAUUCACAUGACGUAUAAUAUGGGAAGUCUUUUAGCCGGGGUCAACAGCUUUCAUCAAAGCUCUUAAAGGAAAUUUGUUAAGUUUUUGUUUUUUAUUUUGUAUUCAUCGGCCAUUGUGUGUGAGAUGUUUUAAAGAAAAGUCAAACAGCGUUUCACUCUAAUAUGCCACCAUGGACUAAAUACAAAGUGUGUGUGUGAAGAUAUGCAUGGAACAGUUCACUGUUCUUGGUAAUGGCAUUGCUGUCAACAUUAUUAGGUUGUCUGUCACAUUAGAUGAUUUCACUCUUUGUUUUGUAUUUAAAUAUUUAAUGUACAAUUCAAGUGAUGUAUAAAGAACUAUUGUAAAUUUCAUGCUAUUGAUGUAAAUUGCUCUGUAAAACAUAACUAAUGUAGGGGUGUUUAUGCCAAAGUGAGGUAAUAAAUACUUCUUUUUACAA